AUGCCCGGGCGCCAAUGCGGAAGCGAGGCCGAUCCCUCGCCUACUGCCGCAUCUACGCCGACUAGGCGCAUGAGUGACUCCGCAUGGGACGAAAAAUGGCAGGCCAUGGUGCAGCACCAAAAGCUGAGGAAGCAGCAGGAUGCGCAGCUCCAUCAAAAGCUGAAGGAGAAACAGGAGAUGGAGGAGUUCAUCGAGUGUACAUUCACGCCGAAGACGCAUUGUACCUACAAGAGCCGGUCUUCGGAGGAGCUCCUCAAGUUGAUGGAGCCACUCAUAACGGAAGAAGAACGCAUUCUGAGGGAACUCGCCAAACUUAACGCCGAGGAGCAGGAAAGCAUACAACUACACAGCCGCGCAUUGCGCGCCCAUAUCGCAUCUAACCAGGGUGGCGAGGGCGAGGACCUCAUCCGCAUAUGCGAGCACUACCGCGAGGAGAGGCUCAAGGAAAUCGCCAGAAUCAAAAACAAAAAACUAGACAUAGUAGGGCUCCUGCACGAGGUGGAGCGCAAGUACAACAUCAUAUGCGUAAAGGAGCACCUCAACGAGGACGACAUGCUGCGGGCGUGCUUCAGCAUCGACUCCUGCCGCCUCAUCAAAAAGGAGAUCCUGGAUUCCGUCAAGGGAGUAGACACGCUGAAGGACAGGUCGAGGGUAACCGCGGAAAUCGACACCAUAAUCAAGCGGGCAAAAGAAGACGUGCAGCGUCAGAGGGCGCACGCUGCUAACGGCCCAUUCAUGCCAGCUGGAGCCAUGCCGGGAUAUCACAUGGGUCCUCAGUGGAUGCAGCACCAGAAUCACGCACCACCGUACGCUAUGGUGCAGCAGCCACAGCCGAAUUUAUGGUUUCAACGCGCGUCCGGCAACGCACGACCCCCCAUGAAUCAACAACCGCAACCAAUGAUGAUGAACAUGAACCCAGCAUGGACGGGCAUGAGGCCGCAGCAACCUCAGACAUUCGUGCGUCAGCCGCCGAUGGCGCCCCAAAAAGCUCAUAUGCAGACACAGGGCAUGCAGAAACCAAAGCAGCCCAUGCCAAGACCCACGUUCCAAGCUCCACAAAUGCGAGCACACACCGGCAUGGUGCCGUACCCGGGCUUCGCGCCGGUCAACCCGCAAUUCGGGUACCCACCGCAAAUGCAGCCCGUGCAGCCACAGACGCUCCGCAGAAACGUUGCGAAAAAGGUACAACAAUAG